AUGGACUUGCUUAUAAUUUGCCUUUUUAUAAUUUCUAUUGUAUUUUGCAAUUCAUGGAUUGCAUUUGGUGAAAAUAUUUUUGAUGUACUUAAAUAUGGUGCCAAAGGAGAUGGCACUUCUGAUGAUACACAAGCGUUUGAGAAAGCAUGGAUAGAUUUAUGUGGAUCAAAUCAAGAGACUCCAACCCUUAUUGUACCAUCUGGACAUAUAUUUCUUGUGCAUCAAACAACUUUCAAUGGUCCUUGCAAAUCUAAAAAUCUUCAUAUUAAGAUUGAUGGAACUAUACUAGCACCAGAGAGAAAUGUUUGGGGUUCAUGUUCAAAAAGAUGGCUUCAUUUUAUUAAUGUGCAUGGGAUGACAGUUGAUGGAUCAGGAGUGAUCAAUGGCAGGGGUGAAGAUUGGUGGAAAAAUUUUAAUUCAACCAAAGGAUGUAUUGGAUCACCUACGGCUUUAUUAUUUGAAAGAUGUGAUGGACUUCAAUUAAGUGGUCUCACUCAUUUGAAUGGACCAAGCUUUCAUGUAUAUGUAGUCCAUUCCGAAGAUGUUACAAUCUCACAUAUUAAUAUAAGUGCGCCAGCAAAUAGUCGCAAUACUGAUGGAAUUGAUAUUUCAAAUUCAGUUCGUGUUAAUAUUCGCGAUUCUAUAAUACAAAGUGGUGAUGAUUGCAUUGCUAUUAAAGGUGGUUCUCAAUUCAUUAAUGUCACUCAAGUUACAUGUGGACCAACUACUCAUGGAAUUAGUGUGGGGAGUUUAGGGGAUGGUGCGGAUGAGGAAUUUGCUGAAAAUAUAAAUGUCAAGAAUUGCACAUUCAAUGGAGCUUCUAGUGCAGCAAGAAUCAAGACAUGGCCAGGUGGAAGAGGAUACGUUAAAUCCGUCGUUUACGAUCAGAUCAUAGUUAAUAAUGUACAGAAUCCUAUACAGAUUGAUCAACAUUAUAUGGGGACUCCAGAAAAGAAAGAGGCACUUAAAGUGAGUGAUGUAACAUUUAGCAAUAUUCAUGGAACAUGCAGUGGUGAAAAUCCUAUUGUGCUAGAUUGUGCUAAGAUAGGGUGUGACAAUAUUAACUUAUCACAAAUCAGCAUUACCCAAGUUGAUCCAAAGAAGUCAAGUACAAUCAUAUGCAAAAAUGUUAAAGGGACAACGAAUGCUUAUGUUUCACCUCCUUUACACUGUAUACAAACGUAA